UUACUAAAUUCGUUAUCAAUGCUAAUAUUAAUACUUUACUUCCAUCGACAUCCCCUUCAUUAUGGCGGGUACUGCAUACAGCCACGCGCAAACGAAAAAAUGCUUUAAAAGAUCAUAUCGAGACGAAACUAGUGACCUUGUAUAGUUAAGGCGAAGUUACUGCUUGUUAUUAAUUGAAUAUAUAAACUAUUACAAUCUUAUUAAGUAGAUCAUUAUAGUGAGUGAGAAACAUCGAUCCGUCAUGCCUUCAAGUUCGAGACGGUACUCGUUUGGCAACGAUGAUGACUCGUUUGAAGAUUUGGAUAAUUCAUUAGAUAAAGCUUUAAAUAGUGCAUCCAAUAAUGUAUUUAAUUAUACUCAUUCAUUAAAUAAUUCACGACAUAGUUCACAAGGUUCAGUAGGUGCAAUUCCUUUAUCUACCAUGCAACUGUUUCCAAUAGGAACCAAUGGAAUACUUAAUUCUCAUGGUAAUGAACAUGAUGAUAGUUCUCCAUUAAUUGCUAAUUCUGCAUAUACUACAAAUAAUCGAUCAUUUUCGUCAUCAACAUCUUCAUUAGUUAUAGCUACCAAUAGUGCUUUAGGAUCAUCGAAAAGAAUUUUUAAUAGUGUGGUUAAUUUUUUUGUUAAUGCAAAACGCGAAUUAAACGAAGAACGUUUACGUCUCAAUAAUGAAAAUGAUUCUAAUCGAUCAACAGAUUCAAAUAAUAAUCAAUCUAGUAAUCUUGAAACUGAUCGUUAUAUAUCUCCAAAAAAUUCAAAUACUAGUUCAAAUUAUAAUUAUCCAUCUAAUGCUAUAUCUAAUGCUAAAUAUAAUCCUAUAACAUUUAUACCGAUUAUUUUAUAUGAACAAUUUAAAUUCUUUUUCAAUUUAUAUUUCUUAUUAACAGCUUUAUCACAAAUUAUACCUCAAUUAAGAAUAGGUUAUUUAUCAUCAUAUAUUGUACCUUUGGGAUUUGUUCUUACAGUAACAAUGAUGAAAGAAGCUGGUGAUGAUAUAGCUAGACGUCGUCGUGAUAAAGAACAAAAUAAUGAAGUUUAUGAAGUAUUAAAUAGAUCCAAUACUUCUUUAACUCAUGAAGGUAAAUUUGUAGCAUCAAAGAAUUUGAAAGUAGGUGAUUUAGUACGAUUACAUAAAGAUACUCGUAUACCAGCUGAUAUGAUUCUAUUACAAUCAUCAGAUAAAGAUGGUACCGGAGAAGCAUUUAUCAAAACUGAUCAAUUAGAUGGAGAAACUGAUUGGAAAUUAAGAGUCGCUCAUAAUUGUACUCAAUCAUUAAAGGAUUUAAAUCAAUUAGUUAAUACUAUAUCAUUAAUUGUUGGUAAACCAGCCAAAUCUAUUCAUCAUUUUCAAGGGAGAUUAAUAUACCAUCCUCAUCAAUCAGCUGGAUCUACUACUCCAUCAAAUACUAAUAAUGAAACAUUUGCAUUAACCAUUGAUCAAACUUUAUGGGCUAAUACUGUAUUGGCUUCGGGUACUGCAUUAGGGUUAGUUAUAUAUACUGGUGUUGAAACUAGACAACUGAUGAAUACCACAAAGACUGGAGUUAAGACGGGAUUAUUAGAAUUAGAAAUUAAUAGUCUUUCCAAAAUCUUAUGUGUUACUGUAUUUAUUUUAUCAGUUGUAUUGGUUUUGGCUCAUGGAUUCCCAUUAAGUAAUACUUGGUAUCUUGAUAUAAUGAGAUUUCUUAUAUUAUUUUCUUCUAUAAUUCCUGUUUCUUUAAGAGUUAAUUUAGAUUUAGCAAAAUCAGUUUAUGCUGGACAAAUUCAAAAGGAUAAUGAAAUCCCCGAUACUAUUGUUCGUACUUCAACUAUUCCUGAAGAUUUAGGUAGAAUUGAAUAUCUUUUAUCUGAUAAAACAGGUACAUUAACUCAAAAUGAUAUGGAAUUAAAGAAAUUACAUCUUGGAACUGUUAGUUAUGCUGGUGAAUCCUUAGAUAUUGUUAAUGAUUAUGUUCGUGGAAUUAUCUCAUUAUUGGAUUCAAAACCUAGUGGUAGUUUAAUUAAGAAGAAAGAUUUAAGUUCAAGAGUAUGUGAUUUGGUUUUAACAUUAGCAUUAUGUCAUAAUGUAACUCCUACAUAUGAAGAUGAUGAUGAUGAAGUUAAUGGACUUGUUACUUAUCAAGCAGCAUCUCCUGAUGAAAUUGCUAUAGUAAAAUUCACUGAAUUAGUGGGAUUAAAAUUGUUUAAGCGUGAUCGUCAUUCUAUUUCAUUAUUACAUAUAGCGACCAAUCAAACCUUAAAUUUCGAGAUCCUUAAUAAUUUCCCAUUCUCAUCAGAAACUAAGAGAAUGGGUAUAGUAGUUCGAGAUAUUCAAAGAGAUGAAAUUUGGUUUAUGCAAAAGGGUGCAGAUACAGUCAUGUCUACUAUAGUUAAUGCCAAUGAUUGGUUGGAUGAAGAAACUGGAAAUAUGGCUCGUGAAGGUUUAAGAACCUUGGUUAUCGGAAAGAAGAGAUUAUCCAAGAAUCUUUAUCAAGAUUUUUCAAAUGAUUAUAAAAAGGCAUCAAUUUCAAUGCAUGAUCGAGAUCAAAUUAUGCAAAGGGUUAUUGGACAAUAUUUAGAGCUGGAUUUAGAAUUAUUAGGAUUAACUGGUGUUGAAGAUAAGUUACAACGUGAUGUUAAGACUUCAAUUGAAUUACUUAGAAAUGCAGGUAUUAAAAUAUGGAUGCUUACAGGUGAUAAAGUUGAAACUGCUAAAUGUGUCUCUAUCAGUGCUAGAUUAAUUAGUCGUGGUCAAUAUGUUCAUCAAAUAACAAAAGUUCACAGUCCGGAUUUCGCCAUGAAUCAACUUGAAUAUUUGAAAACAAACCAUAAUGCAUGUUUAUUAAUUGAUGGUGAAAGUUUAGCAACAUACAUGAAAUACUACAAUCGAGAAUUCUUUGAUAUUGUGAUUAAAUUGCCAGCUGUUAUUGCAUGUAGAUGUACUCCUCAACAAAAGGCAGACGUUGCCAUAAAUAUUCGUUCCAUUACGGGGAAAAGAGUCUGUUGUAUUGGAGAUGGUGGUAAUGAUGUUAGUAUGAUUCAAUGUGCUGAUGUGGGAGUAGGUAUUGUUGGUAAAGAAGGAAAACAAGCAUCACUAGCAGCUGAUUUUAGUAUUCAUCAAUUUUGUUAUUUACUGAAGUUAUUAUUAUGGCAUGGUAGAAAUUCCUAUAAGAGGUCUGCCAAAUUGGGACAAUUUGUUAUUCAUCGUGGUUUGUUACUUAGUGUUGCGCAGGCUGUCUAUUCUAUUUCAUCUAAAUUUGAACCAUUGGCAUUAUAUCAAGGAUGGCUUAUGGUUGGUUAUUCAACUGUUUAUACAAUGGCUCCAGUGUUUUCAUUAACACUAGAUUGUGAUAUUGAUGAACACUUGACAAGAUUAUAUCCCGAAUUGUAUAGAGAAUUGACAUUAGGGACAUCAUUGUCAUAUAAAACAUUUUUUAUGUGGGUAUUCAUUUCAUUAUUCCAAGGUUCUGUCAUUCAAUUAUUGUCACAAAAGUUCCAAUCUUUAGCAGAAGAUAAAUUUUUAUCAAUGGUUGCAAUAUCAUUCAGUUGUUUGAUCUAUAACGAAUUAAUCAUGGUUUCUAUUUCAAUUUAUAAAUGGAAUAAGACUAUGAUAGCAACGAUCAUUAUCACUUUCUUGCUAUUUGUUGGGCUGAUUCCAUUCUUACCCGAUUAUUUUAAUUUAGCGUACGUUAGUUCAAUCAGUUAUUUCUGGCAAACUGCAGUCAUAUUAAGUGUGAGUUUGUUCCCCGUUUGGUUGUCACAAUUUAUAAAUCGUAAAUUAAGACCACCUAGUUAUGCUAAAGUGCAACAAGAUUAACACUAGCAGAGAAGUAUACCAAAUACUAAAGUAAUUAAUGAACUUCGUAUAUAACAUAUAUAAUAUCUUUUAUCUUAUUUAUUAAUGUCAAAUACUAUUAGUAAAAUAGCAAAAAUAAAGCAUUGCCACAUUAUGAUGAGAUUAUGAUCUAUACGAUAAGUAACAAGAAUUUUCUGAGCUCAACAUAAU